AUGACCCGGGCACAGCUGGAAUCAUUUCGCUCUGUCUCUCCACCGCACUUCGCGUCUACUGCAACCACACCUGCGCCCCACGCCACCGGCACCCCAGCAGAGCAGCGGCCACCCUGGGGCGGGCCCUGCACCGAGCUCCAACCGCAGCGGCCGGCAGACCUGCCCCGAGCGCCGCGCGGAAUCACGGUCAGAGAAAACCAGACUGGGUAUUGGCUUCUGGAAAAGCUUGUGGGGGGUGGGGUGGGGAGGAGCAACAGCCUUUCUGAACAAGGUGACACCCCCCUGGGAACAGAGACUGACCCUCUGUCAUCUGCCAGGCUAGUCAAGACCAGUCCCGAGCUGUCUGAGUCCUGCACAUGGUUCCCCGAGUCCUAUGUGAUUUAUCCAACUAACCUCAAGACACCAGUCGCUCCCGCGCAGAAUGGCAUCCAGCUUCCGGUCAGUAACUCCAGGACGGAUGAGAGAGAAUUCUUCCUGGCUUCUUAUAACAGAAAGAAAGAGGAUGGAGAAGGCAAUGUUUGGAUUGCAAAGUCAUCAGCUGGUGCCAAGGGUGAAGGCAUCCUCAUCUCCUCAGAGGCCACGGAGCUUCUGGAUUUCAUAGACAACCAAGGUCAAGUACAUGUGAUCCAGAAAUACCUCGAGCGCCCUCUGCUCCUUGAGCCCGGUCACCGCAAGUUUGACAUUCGAAGCUGGGUCCUGGUUGACCAUCAGUAUAACAUCUACCUCUAUAGAGAGGGUGUGCUGCGCACGGCUUCGGAGCCUUAUCACGUCAACAAUUUCCAAGAUAAGACCUGCCAUCUGACCAAUCAUUGCAUCCAGAAAGAGUUCUCCAAGAACUACGGCAAAUACGAAGAAGGGAAUGAAAUGUUCUUUGAGGAGUUCAACCGGUACCUAAGCAGCGCUCUGAACACCACCUUAGAAAGCAACAUUUUGCCGCAGAUCAAACACAUUAUAAGGAGCUGCCUCAUGAGUGUGGAGCCGGCCAUCAGCACCAGGCACCUCCCUUACCAGAGCUUCCAGCUCUUCGGCUUCGACUUCAUGGUGGACGAGGAGCUGAAGGUCUGGCUCAUCGAGGUCAACGGUGCCCCUGCGUGUGCUCAGAAGCUCUAUGCAGAACUGUGCCAGGGGAUCGUGGACAUAGCCAUAUCCAGCGUCUUCUCACCCCCGGACACGGAGCAGGUGCCACAGCCAGCUGCGUUCAUCAAGCUGUGAAGGACUGGGAGGUACAGAGCCGCCUUGGGAAAUGUGUGGAAUCCUGCUCCGGAGGACCGUGAGAUGACCGGACUGCUCCUUAUCAAGGCAUGCUGGGGAACGGAUGUGCAGAAAGAGCGCGAGAAGGGAAGGCAGCUGCGGGAGAGCAGGUGGCGCUGCAGAGACCUUAGGAAGCUGAAGGAGUCGCUGAGAGGGAGAACUGAAAGCUUUUCCAAAGGGCCGGAACCAGGGAUUUGGUUGAACAGUCUCUGACCUUGGGUGGUCCAGGGAGCAGAGCUCUCUCCUCCCCAGGAUGCAGCCCAGAGACCUCUGAGUGGUGUCCGUCCCACCUGCUGCAGCUUUAGUGCCUUAGCUCUGUGUCCAGUGCAGCCUCGUUGGACACAGACUGGACCUUAAAGCAUGAGGUUGCCACAUGUUCCCUGCACAUCCCCUCUGCGACACUAUGUCCCACCAAACUCUGGACGAGCAUGCAGCACAGCCCAUGCUGUGCACUGGCCCAUCAGUGAAGGCCUCUUGCUUGUCACCUUCCUGGUGGCCAGUGAGCACUUGUCAGGGGUCCUGUGGGCAUCAAACAGUGUGUUUUGCUCACUGCAUGUUUUAGAAACAAAAGCACCAGGCCUGAUGAAUCUGCAAGCAUUGAAUAAGCAUGAGAGAGAAAGAGAGAAGAAACAAAUCAUGAUAUCUUACUUUACUUCACGGUGUGGGUGGGUGGGAGUCUCUGAAGUAUCAUGAGCCUCAGUUAUCUUUGAUUUAUCGGAAUUCUGAAUGCAGCUUUGCAAAUUCUCUUUCUGUUGUCCCCUCCACACCUUUGAACCGUUGUAGCAAUGCUCUCUGGGAGUCAGGGAAGGUAGAAUUCCAUCCCCCAUCCUCCUCACUUGUAGCUCUCCCCAUAUCUGUCCUCCUCGGCUCCAAGGGCCUGGAGGCCCAGGUGUAUUCCAGAAAGAGCCCUGUCUAAGCAUGUAGGUAACAGGAGAGAUGCCCUCUGAAUGAGGGUGUGUCCUGCCUGAUGGAGCUUUUCAUAGUUUUCCGUGUCAACAAAAGUGUACCAUGAGAUGUGGUUUCCAUGUCACAGGUCCAUGCAUAUCUUACAGGCUCCUCGGGAGCCCGCUCCGAAGCAGGGGGAAGAUGUCACGUGUGUUCAGUAUGAGCUGAGUAAAUAGGCUCUCUUUCACUGUCCUGGAAACCACAGCAGGCAGCAGAAGCUGCCCUUCUUCCCGGAGCGGCGUGUGUUUCUUUUGGUGUGUGCUGCUUCGUGUGCAUCUGCAUCUCCUUGGUGUGCUCUGCAGUCAGGCGAGACUUGUAUGAAAGAGCUGGAGAGGCAUCUCUUCCUCAGAUAGAGUGAGAGGUGGGGACUUACGGCGAGGAAAGGGAUGUAAUUACACGUAUCCUUGCGUGGCACAAGGCCUUAUGCGGAAGUAAAGAAAGUCCUAGCUCAUGAGAAUCUGGGAUUAGAGGGUCAAGAGGUGCCAUGGUUGCUUAGAAUAUGGUUAAAGUUGACACCCAGAGCAAAGUAAAACAUUUGCUAUUAAGACAGUUCUUGAGGCCCAGCACAGCUGAUGGGAAGGCAGAGAGGUUAGCCAUGUAUGGGGAAGAUGCUUUCUCACUGGGAGAGUAGAGGUGCUGGGCCCUUGGCUAGUCCAGGUGGGCCAGCAAUGGAGAAAGCAAGGUGAUCUGUGUAUGUUCUUAGACCCAAAUCACAGGGUCAUGUAAAGUGUUUGCCUGUUAAUGGGGACAGAGUUGACAAAGCAGAUGUCAUUGAGUCCUUGUGAGCCCUGACAGGUUUUGUCAUAAACCUGAACAAAUCCAUAACAUCUGUAUAAGGGGAAACGGGAAGGGUUGAAUAUAUUCCUCACAUAGCUUCAACUAUUUAUGCAUUUACUUCCCACCAAGUAGGAAGGUUGGCUCUGAACCGUUCCGUGCCAUUCCAUGGUGUCAUUGGCACAGACGGUCAUGUCUGGCUCCCCAGUAAGUCUUCGUGGUUAGUUGAUGUAAGUGCCCAUCACUGGGGGAGGGGGUUAUUUAUUUGGAGCUAUUGAUUCCACUCCUGGCUCUGUCAUCUGACUGCACAAUGUCACAUGAGCCAAAUAACCUCGCUGUGCCUUAGCUUCUUAUCUCAUGGAGGAGAUGUCCCCUGGCCCAGGGACUACCUCAAGGGCUUUUUGUGAGAACAAAACAGAGCAGGAAGAAGGCUCAAGGGCCCUUGGUCCAAGGUUCUCAGUCCAACUACAUGCUAUAGAUUCCCAUGGAGUUCAAAAGUUGAUGACCCUUCUCACCUGUGGCUGACUGAAUGAGAACCUCGGGUAACACUAUGUCUUGAGGUGCCUUGAACCAUUCUUUGGGAAGCAGGAGAAACACAUUAUCACCUUGGAAGAAUUACUUAAGGAUUAAGGCUCAAAAAAUACUCUUUGAAGCAAACAAUUCUGUUAGAACAAUCAAAUAUUGACAUAAAUAUUUGUAGUGUAAGGUAUUGGCCAAACAGUUUCUCAGUUUGCUUCUCAUCCAGACAUCUGGAAAAUCAAACAGGCUUUCAUCUAUACAAGCAGUUUAUUAAGUCCUCGAUAGCAAAUGUAAACAGACACGAACCAAUAAAUCUAAUGCUAUAUGUCAGAGUUAUUCAUUAAUUAUGGGAGAAAAGCCCCUCCCCUCACACUUGACUUCAACGGCAAUUAUAAUGUCUAUUUUGCCAAGAAUAUUUAAGUGCCUCUGUGUUGUGAGAUAGAGUAGAACAGGAGCUGGCAUGCGCCCCAGCUGAUGGUGAGCGUCUGUAGCUCUUUGGAAUGACACUCGCAUGCACGGGACAUUGGGGAGCACUGGAAACGGCUGUGAUCCACGGAACCAGCCGGUGUCAUGAUGCUAUAAAGUGUUUUCAUGAGCAGUUGUGGUUGUGUUCAUGGGUGUUGCAGAGAGGGGAUCCAUGAACAAAAAAUGACAAGGUGCCAAAGUAGGUUGCAUGUGGCAUGUGGGUGCUGUCUUGAGGAUUCGGUGGUUGAUGUAUGUGCCUCCAAUCCUGGACACAGAACCUGCACCUAAGAGGAAAUGAUUUCUGACAUAAGGCAACUAUAUGAAUGUUUUCAAUGCCUGGAGCAUUAAAGUAAAGAAAAGAUA